UCCCACUUGCGCUCUCUUUCUCUUUCUCUCUCUUCCUCUCUCUCACUAAAAACUUCUCCAAUUUCACCACCCAAAAGCUACCAUUGCGAUUCUGUCUGCAUAACCAACCAGCAAUAUGUAUCCUUCGUCGACCUCUUCAUCCUCCCACGGCUCAAUGGGCCCCAGCGGCAGCGGCGGCGGCGGAGGACUCACUCGCUACGGCUCCGCUCCCAGCUCCGUCCUGUCCCCCGCCGUUGACUCCGUCAUGAGCCGCGGCGCCACGCGCGACUUCUCCGCGCUCGCCUCCUCGCAUCAUUCCCCGCUCGGACCUUCUCGAUACUUCUCCGAAUCGGCCGGGAAGGCCGCCGCCGCCGUGUCGAGCAGCUCCAAGGAACACGCCGACAAUAAAUCUUCUGCCGCCGUUCUCCAGAGAUCUUACAACUUUCAUGAAUUGGCCAUUGGUAACGGCGGCACCGCCGCCGGAGGUUCUACGUCCACGUCACCAUUGGUACGGCACAGCAGCUCACCGGCCAGGUUUCUCAACCAACUUGCUACCGCCGCGGGUGACAGUAACGGUUUUCAGGUUUCAAUGGGCUUAGGAAGCUGUGGUCUAGGAGUCCCAGAAAGCAGGCGAGGUGUAUCAAGGCUCAACUCUCAGCUAAGCUUUACAAGGCAGGAAACACUGUCCCAAGUUGCAGAGGAGAACGAGGAUGUUGUUGGAGGCAGCAGCAGCAACAGCAUGGAGAAUAAUGGGCAAAGAAAAUCAACUCAUUCAUAUGCAACUGGGAGUUUUGGUGUGGGAACGUCAUGGCGUGACCAGGACCACAACCACCACCACAACCACAACCACGAGCAGUCGAUUGCAUUUUCGCACAUGGGAUCGUGGCAUGAAGACAAGAACCAGCCCGUGAUGUUCUCGAUUACGCCAGGCAAGCGUGCCAAGAACGCUAAUGGUGAUAUUGCCGGCGGCCUCAAUGCCAUGGAAACUCAGUUGCAGUUUGGCAUGCCACAAGUGGCAUUGGAGAUGGCAUCCAUGGAUAGAUAUAUGCAAAUCCCUGAGGAUUCUGUUCCCUGCAAAAUUCGAGCCAAGCGCGGUUGUGCCACCCAUCCCCGCAGCAUUGCAGAAAGGGAGAGAAGAACCAGGAUAAGUGGCAAGCUAAAGAAGUUGCAAGAUCUUGUCCCCAAUAUGGAUAAGCAAACAAGCUAUGCAGACAUGCUGGAUUUGGCAGUGCAACAUAUAAAAUGCCUCCAAGACAAGGUUCAGGAGCUGCAUAAAGAACUUGAGCAUUGUACCUGUGGAUGCAAGAAAACCAAAUAAUAUGAUGAGCAUAAUAAUUUAGAAGAUAAAAAAGCAUUACUAAAUGCCAUUUUGACAAGUGUUGUUGUGUCUUAAUUAUGUUUAAUCUUUUUUUUUUUUCUUCGAAGUGGUAGGUUGUAAAAUUGUACAUAAAGAACAUUUUAAGAAUUUAUAAGCAGGAGAUAUGAAUGUUUUCUUGGGUUUUCUGCAAGGAGACUGUACAUGAUUAGCACAUUAGAGACAAAUUAAACUUUGUGUGCUCUUGAUGAUGAUUGUUGUCACAGUUUUGAAUUUUGAUGUGCCAAGAAUUUCUCUAUUGUGCAUGCA